GAAUCUGUUUUAUUUUGACUCCCGCUUCGCUUUGUUUCUUCCACAUAGAAUGCCCCAGAGCUUAAUAGAGGUGACGUCCUACGAUCCUAUGGGGUCUUGGAGCAUAAUUGCAAUUAUUGAUUAGAAGAGAGAUCUACAUGUUAUGUAUAAUUGCUUGGUUUUAACACAUUUGGUGACAUUAUGAAAUUGUGUGCACAGAUUUAGAAGAGAGGCACCUAAAAAAAAGCCUGACAAAUGAACGCAAAACACAAGGCCAAGCCAAAACGACAACUAAGUGGUGUUUGGAAAUUAGAUUCCCAGCCCUUGUCAACAAAAGACCAAAAUCUUCUAAAAUCUUCAACUGUUCACAAAGGUCAUAAAUUUGUUGAUGUAUGCAAAGGAAACAAAUCCACAGUUUUUAAUGGAAAAUCGUCCUCCACGACGCCAAGACUUGUCCGUCAAAUCGCCGAUCUGCGAUUCCGAGAAUGGCAAGAAUUUACUCGAAGUCUACCUCAGCUCAACACUGAAGCGAGGGACGGUUCUCAUUCAGUCUUCACAACUUAUAAUCAGGUUUCAAGUAUCCCAAAGGAAUCAGGCCACGCGCAGGAAGAUGAGAAUACCAAGACAGGUAGCAAAAAGUUUCCUCAAAACUAUUUAGGUUUGCCAUUUCUUCGGCGACCUAGACUUACUGCGUCCACACCUGCCUCUGAAGAUGGGGAUGUCUUCCGGGUUAUUCUGAAAGGGAAAGAAAUGAAACCCUUUUCUUUCCAGGGCGACCAGUUGAGGGCCAUUCAGUUUUACGCAUCUCACUACCCACUCUUGAUGCGAAAGCUGUUGGACACCAGAGGCUCUUUGCCGGGAUCAGCGAAGGCGAUUACCGGAAGUGACGUGCUGGAUGCCUUAAAAGUAAACAAUGCUGACAUUAGAAACAAACAUCUGCAUGAGUGGCUGGCCAAGAUGGAGAAAUGUCUUCAACGUUUUGAAACUGAUCCUGGAGAUGAAGGAGCUAUUGAAACCGUACUAAGAUCUGAUAUAUUCGAUCCUACAGUGUGGCCGUGGAAUAGUGAAAAAUAUAAACUGCCAGACAUUACAAGCUCAAUAACAUAGAAAGAACAAUGUAGUCUACUAUUGUGUUACAUAAACAGUUAUUUGAUAUGGUUGAAUUAUGGUAUUAACAAAUGAAUCACAUAACAACCAUUUUCUGUAACGAUUAGUCUAGAGAGGGAAAAGAUAGAACAGGAGAAGGUGAUGUUCUAAAAAUAAUCAUUUUUCAUAGAACGCUAUUUUUAGCGAUUUUGUUCAUCGGUGGUGGUGGUGGUGGUCGGAGGGGAGGGGAGGGGGUUCUGAUACAAAGACUUACAUAUUUAAUUUUAUAAACAAAAAUAUUCGUUUGCAGAAGAUAAUAAGUAGCCGUUGCACCAGAACUUUGCAAACUUGAUAAAAUCAUUAAAUCUUUUUUUUCAAUCUUUUUUUAGUUUUUGAUAUCUAAACGGGACGGAUGUAGUGACGGACAGACUACUCAAAACUUACAGCGGCUUUUAUACUUUUCAGGGACUCUAAAAACAGCUUUUUAUCCAAAAAAAAUAAAAUAAAA